UAGUUGUAAGACUGCUUUUUAUUAACUUAUUAACAAUGUCAGCUGAUCAAACAAAUUGGCGUGAAAAUAUUUUAAAAGAUUUAAGAGAAAGGGAUGGUCGUGAGACUAAAGAUUUCCAGGAAUUAAUCCUUCUGCACAACAGGUUAUUUGAUAAUGUAACCACCCUAAGGACAGAGAAUUUGCAAUUGACCAUUGAAAAUGAAAAAUUACGCUCCGGUUCUGGAAUACCAGGAAGCCAUAGUAAUGAUACUUCUUCUCGAAUAUCAGUUUUAGAACAAAAAUGUAUGAGCCAACAGGAAGAAUUAACAGAAUUGCAUAGAAGAAAAGGUGAAAAUGCACAACAAAUUAUUGAUUUAAAUGCUCAGCUACAAGAAUUGACAAAAAAACUAACCAGUAAAGAACAAAGUCUUACCGAAAUUGGAAUCAAAAAUACUAGCUUGCAGGCGGAAGUUCAAAUGCUAGUAAAUGGAAAAAAAGAAUUAGAAGUACUUAAUACAAUGUUGAGAGAUGAACAUACUGCCCUGCAAUUAGCAUUUGCAUCUUUGGAAGAGAAAUUACGAAAAUCUCAAGAUGAAAAUAGAAUUUUGUUAGAAAGGAAGAGGAAUGAUCGAAUGUGUCGUGAAUUAGAAGAUGCAGCUAAAGAAAAUAGAGCUGGAAUUAGUCCAGAUAGGGCUAAUAGUAGAGAUUUAGUAAAUGCAACUUACUGUGGUGCACUUCCCUCUAAAGUUUCUUGCAAAUUUGAUGCUCAUGAUAGUGAGGUGAGUGCUGUACGAUGGAAUCCUGUUGAAAGAAUAGUUGCAACUGGUGGAGCUGAUCGUAAAGUUAAAUUGUGGAGCAUAACUAAAGGUUCUUUUGAAAGCAGAGGGACUUUAGUAGGAAGUAAUGCAGGUGUGAUGUCAGUGGAUUUUGAUAGUACUGGCACCUUAAUUCUCGGAGCGUCUAAUGACUUCGCUAGCCGUGUUUGGACUGUGUCUGAUCAGCGGUUACGAGAACAAGGACAAGCAUUUCUAUUAAUACGAACAUAA